UUUGACCGAGCUUGACUUUAGUGAUCAAUCGGUCAAUCCUUCAUUUCCCACAACUUCCGUUCAGUUCCUCCUCUAAAAGAAACGAAACGAAACCUAACCACUCUCUCGUAAUCGAUGGAUGCCACUUCUUCAAAUGACACCAUUCUUGAGCAACUUAGAAGUGGUAGUGCUCAAUUUGAGCUGGUAUCUUCUGCUGUUACUUCAAUUUCCACGUUGAAAGAAAAUGCCAAGUCCGUUCACAUGUUGCAGAGCAACACCAGUUGCCGAUUUCUCGCGAGAAUGGGACCUCCGCUAGGUGGAGCGUCUUCCUCAAAUAUAAAGGUGGAGCGUUAUGCAAUCCAAAAAGUUACCGGUGAUGGCCGUUGCAUGUUUCGAGCUCUGGUCUCGUCCUCAGUUAAAGGCAUGGCUAGGAACAAGGGUGUCAGUCUUACUCCACGGCAAGAAAGAGAUAAUGCUGAUGAGUUAAGAGCUGCAGUGAAAGAGGUUAUAUGUGAAAAUGAAAAUGAACGCCGUCAGUAUCAAGAGGCUGUUACUGCAAUUACUGUUGAUGAGCCUUUGCACCGAUACUGUCAGCGAAUUGGACGGUCAGACUUCUGGGGAGGAGAAUCUGAGUUACUGGUUUUACAGAAGAUUGUGGAUCUCAUAGCUACUUUAUUAUGGUAUUGUCAAGGUUAUGCCAUCAGCCAAUCGUUGUAUAUAUACCAGAAACUGAGCAUAAAGGCAGAGGUUCCGGUUUCAUUCGUAUUGCGGUAUAUGGAGCAGGGUACUCCAAGACUUCGGUAAAGGCGAAAUCAAGGCCUGUCGUGAGAUUGGUCUUCACUGAUUUGAUAUUCAGAGCUCGGAAUCGGAAGUGGAGCAAGAUAAAGAUGUCUUAUGAAUUAAGGAUUAAGUUUGUAUUUAGAGAAUGAUUUGAACGAGUUAUGUAGUUCUCAAAGUCCUUAUAUAUCGAAGAGAAUGAUUAUGGGUAUGAGGUAACUUGUAUGUUCAGCAAAAUAAUUUACUCAUGCCCUUUUGUGCGUGUGGAUCACUUUAUUCUGUUUUUGAUAAAUAAGUUCGUACUAUGACCAUAGUUAUGAAUGUGCUGAUUGGAAACGUGAAUGGAUGAUAUGAAUACACAACAUUUUUCAUGGUAGUUUAUGAACUGAAAAUAGAAAGUGGGCAAGGUUUGGGUGGAGGAUGGUUAUUCUUUUGACCUGAUACGGUCGGCUACGCUCCAUAGCGAACCUUGGGGGCAGUAUUGCUGGGUCCCAUAACGAACCUUGGACGCAGUGUUUGUCCGAAUCCUGUACUUGCCACUGAUUUGUUUAAGAGAAUGAGUUAUAAUAGCGUAAAGGAAAGAAAUGAUUUGACAAAUAAAAUGUUUAUAACGGGUUGAAGUAAAAGGUUACGAGUUUUUUACUCAUUUUGGAAUUUUGUUUGUUUUGUAUUUAUUCCCUCAAUUUGCAGGUUUGAUAUUCAGAGCUCGGAAUUGGAAUUGGAGCAAGAUAAAGAUGUCUUGUGAAUUAAGGAUUAAGUUUGUAUUUAGAUAGUUGAUUCAGGAAUAGUUAUUGUUGUUUCAUUGUAUAUAAUAUUUGGGAAUUUAGUCGAGUUAUUUGUGUAUUUAAGGUUGGUUUUUCGCUGCGAAUUAAUUUAAUUAAGAGCUAAUUCUAGUUUAUGGA